AAACUCCCUAACAAGGCGGGAAGGCAUCUCGCUCUAGAUCGCAGUCAAUUUGAGCUCAGUCACUUCCGGAAAUCCCCAAUUCUCCACCAAACCCUAAUUUAGAUCCGAUGGACCAAUCGCUCUCGCAGGAAUCCCCGCCGGCUCCUGAGGCCGGCGAGCGCAGAGGCGUUCGCCGGAGGUUGGUCCAGUCCACGCUGUUCUCCCCCAAAGCGCAGGACAUCGAGGCAGUUGGCGUUCAGAACAAUGAGCAGAAUUGCAGCGAAGGCGAGGGUGACGAAGACGACGAGGCCUGUGGGAGCCAAAAGAAGAGGAGGAAGCGGAGAGGAAAGGUGGCGACUCCGAAACGAAAUUCUUCUGCCAAGAAGGACAAGCGACAGCUGAACAGUACACCAAAGAAGAAUGGAACGACCAAUGGCAUGAAGGGAGUCUGCUCAACGCCAAAAUCAAUCAAGCUGGUAGAGAAUGAAGUUGGGUCUCCACCUAUCCCCAAUCUGCGGAUGGAGGCAAAACUCAGAGCUGAGGAGAAUUCGCGAAUGUUUGCUGGAAGACAAAUUCAUCCCUUUUUCUCAUCAUGGAGGUCAGACAAGAAAUGUCAGGAGGCUACUGAAAUUGAAGGAAACCCUUGUUCCAGUGACAGAAAGAGCCAAAGCAUCACCCUGUGUCCUAUCCACGUAUUUGAAAAGACUGAGGAUGAUGGAGGAACCUCUCUUGAUUGGAGAAGUUGGAUAUUCAAUGAGGAAACUUUCUCGGGCACACAUUCCUGUCUCGAAAGCACAUCUUCUUUUUUUGAAGGCGCAGCAUGUUCCUUAACUUUUGAUAAAUUUCAUUGCGUCCCCCACCAUGCCUACAACAAAUCACCUGUAAAGAAGGAGGUGUCAUGGAGGCAAAGCCGCAAUCAACAACUGAAUCAUGAACCAGCAGCUACACACGAGGCUGAUAUCUGUGACGAGAAGUUAAUUUGCUGUCAUUUUAAGGGCAGCACACUGGACCAUGAGAUCAAUGAAGUUGGUUCCCUAUCAGAGUGUAGCGCAUGUUUAGGAAAGUCAGAUCCUGAGCAGCAUCACGAGGAAAGGACGCCAUCAACCAAUGAUAGUUCUCGUGAUGAGCCUCCAAAUACAUUAUGGACGAAUAAGUACCAGCCAAAAAACUCCAUGGAGGUUUGUGGUAACAGUGAAGCUGUCAAGUUUCUGACCGAAUGGCUACGCCUUUGGCACCAAGCAGAUUAUAAAAAUAUCAAAAACCUGGAUGGGGUUGAGGAGUCUAGCUUGCAAUAUGAUUAUUAUGUCCUUGACCAAAGUGACUCUGAGUCAGAACGCAAGGAGAGGCAUGCGAGGUUGAAAAAUGUUCUCUUGGUUACUGGACCCGUUGGGUGUGGGAAGUCUGCUGCGAUCUAUGCUUGUGCAGAAGAGCAAGGGUUUGAAGUAAUGGAGGUCAAUGCAUCAGAGUGUCGAAAUGGAGCUCUGAUGAAGCAAAAGUUUGGAGAAGCCUUAGAGUCCCACUUGCUGAAAUGGUCAACAGAAAAUCAAGUGGAUAUUCAAACCAAGAGUGAACUUUGUUCAGCAGCAGACAGUGGUAAAGCAGAGGGUGAGGGUAAGACAGAGUUGAUUGAAUCGAUACAACUAUCAGAUGAGGAAAAUCCAUAUUCUGCUGGAGCUGUGAAAUUGACAGCCAGGGCGAAUGGGGCCUCUUGUCAUCAAGCAGAAGUUAAACCUCUUAUUCUUUUUGAGGAUGUUGAUAUCACUUUUCUGGAUGAUCGUGGUUUUAUAGCUGCUAUACAACAUAUUGCGGAGACGGCAAAGGGUCCUUUAAUUCUGACCAGUAGUAGCUGCAAUCUUCUCCUGCCUGAUAAUAUGGAAAGGCUGGAGACAUGUUUCACUGCACCUUCUGUGUUGGAAUUGCUUUGCCAUGUGCAUAUGGUUUGUGGUGUGGAGAAAAUGAGAAUCCAGCCUCAUUUAGUGCAAAAGUUUGUUGGAUGCUGUGAGGGAGAUAUUCGGAAAACCAUUAUGAAUCUCCAAUUCUGGUGCCAGGGUAACGAAGAUCGAAAAGGUGGUGAUGUCCGUGGAGCAUAUGGUCCAGUAUUGUUUGAUCUCGAGUCUGGCCAUAAGAUACUACCAAAAUUAAUGCCUUGGGAUUUUCCCUCUGAAUUGUGUGAACUAAUUGAGAAGGAAAUCAGCAAUUCAUUGACUCCAAUGCAAGACAAUUCUUUCCUAUUGGGGACGAUUGAUGAACAUCUCGAGGACAAGGAAGUUCAGUGUCCUCAGAGAAUGGAUCAGAAUGAAAUAGAUUUGCAAGCCAAGAAGGAAGCCAUGUUAAGGAGAAACUGUUCUAUGUAUGAUGACGAGGACUUGACUAUUCAUUUCGCUACUUUUGGUGAGCCUUCUGCCAACCCAGGAACUCCUGUUGCAUGCUCCCAACGAAAAGGCCGGAAUAAACUUGAUAUUGUUCUGUCUUCAGAUUCUGAAGAUGAAACUUUUAAUCAUGGAUAUGUCAGGCCAAUGCAUGAGGAAUCUCCCAUGGUGAACAGUGGGGCUCCCGCUCAAGAGAGAGAAAUACAUAAUUGCUUUGCCCCACUUGGUGAAGAACAAUGUCCAUGUGGAGGAGGAGAAGCGGAAAACUGCCUUUUGCCUCGUUCAAUCAUGGGCAUUAAUUUACAGAUGACUGACCCAUGCAAAUCACUGGAUGAGUCAUGUGUUCCCGAAUCAUCAUUUGUUCCUGAGACAGAAAUAGAUGAUGGAAUAGAGCUGUCAUCCAGGACUUAUUCUUGUCGUGGUGGUGAAAUGGGGGAGCCUUAUUUCGACAAUGGGUUGGCAUCUGUCGUGUCUCCAGUUAAGAAUGGAUUCUGUGUAAAGCCAUUGUCCAGGUUACGGAGACUUUCAGAUAUGUUGGCCAACAGAUGUGAUAUGAUGGAAGACUCUUCACAUGGUGUUGGUGAAGAUUCUCAGUUGGGUAAUGUGGAAGCUGUCGAUAAAGGAUACCAGCUAAUGGAUGAGUGCAGCCGUGUGGACUUUAAUGAAAGCCACAGAUAUCAGGCUGGGUUUAGGAUAGUGUCUAAUUCAGUUCGAGAAUCAUGGAAAAGGCUUCGUGAGCAAUUAAAAAAUCGUGUUACCAAGCAUGAGAAAGAUGCUUUUCAAAUGGUACAAAUUGCCAGCAGAAUAAGCAAUCUAAUUUCAGAAGCUGAUUUGUUACGUAAUAAUUGCCAAUCAGUGAUAGACGAUUAUGUAGAUCCAACAAUGGUUAUUGCCGAGGAACCUGAAUCUUUUAGUCGAUACAAUGAGCAAUGGCAGAUGACAUCCACAUUUGUCCAGCAUGGAUUGUGCUCUUUUGCUAAAGAUAUACCUACUGUUGGGUCUGAAAACAUGUGCCAGAAUGGAGUGGAUUUGGCGUAUGAAAUGUUAGCUUUGACGAGUAACAGGAUGGCAGUGGCUAAGCUUAUUAUCCAGGAUAUGGGAGGAAGUAAGAUUUCAGAUGCUGUCAUGGAUACUCCAGAUAUUGAUGUGUCCAGAAGGAAAACAAGGACAUCCCUCUUUGACGUAAUAGAGUCUGUGGGUCCGUCAAAACUGUACUUGUAUUUGAGAGAUAAUGCUUUCUAUGACUAUCUUUCGUCUCUAGGAAAAAUUUCAAAAGCAGAAACAGCUCGUUUGUCCGGAUGCAUCAACAAGAAGAGGCGAAGGGGGAGGGCUUCCCGCCACUACUUGAGCAAUGGUGCACUCAUGUUAUCUCCUGAACACAUUUCCUUGUUGCAGAGAUGCAACUCUUUUGGAAACAAUACAGCCCAAGUAAUGGAUAAUGGUUUUAGGUAAAUUAUUUGCCCCAUUCAACUGAAGGCGAAAAUGACCGGAGAAACUUUCCCUC